GGCCGGGGGCUGUGCUUGGCGCGUGCUGGGUGGGGUUUCCUGAGAUGCACACUCUGAGCUAUUCUUUCCAUUCUGGCUCUGGGCAUCCAUUCCUGGCAGGGAGGAGGGCAGACUGCCUGGACCAGUCAGCUGCUCCUUUCCAUCCCUCCCUCCAACAUACACACCCUCUUGCUGUAACCCCAGUAGCUCAGGCCACCUCUCUUCAGAUUCCAGAGCCUUAACCCUUCAGCUGCCCUGAGUGGAGGCUGAGCCUGGGCCUCAGCAGCCUGGGAGCUCAGGCACCCACUGAGAGGGCUCCAGGGGAAGGAGAUGCUGCCCCAACUCUGCAGCUGAAAACCUUGACAAGUAACACGUCCUGCUGUUGGAGCCCACCCACUUCUGCUGACUGGGUCUGGGGGCCCUGGAGGAGAAAGGAGAGGCCCUGGCUCCUUCCUGGUGGGGCUUGGGGCCAGGAGAGUGAGGAGAAAACUUAGAUUUGUUAACGUGGCAAGGAUGGGGCAGAGUCUGCCUGCCUUGGUAAAAGGCUCUGUGAGGAAAAAUGUUCUAAUGAUUCGAAUUGCCUGCCAUUGCCGGAACAACUGGAGUUUGUUCAAGCUGAAGCUGAAUGCUGACUAUAUUUCAGGAAAACCCAGGCUUCCCGUGAGGAGCCUUAAAGGUCCUUUUGAGCCCCUGGGGAUUGUGAGCUCCUCUGGCAGGACCCAGAUGGCCUGAUUUCUAGCCUUUGGGCAGCAUCCUGGCUCUCUGCCUCUUGAUCUUCUCCCUCCCCUUUUCUCUCCCUCUCUUUCUACUCUCCACUCUUCUCCAGCUCCUACCUUUAGUCACAGCUAGGCAAGUAAACACUGGCCACUUCCCCCUCUCCUUCCUCCCUAGGCAGAUGCUAGACCGAUCCUCAUCCCUCGUCAAGGUCUGGAUGAUGUGGAAGUGUCCAGGGCCCUCAGGUUGGAUGGGCAGGAGCCAGGGAACAGGCUGGCUCAGGAGCUGGGGGGGCCCCAGGGGCUCCUGCCUGCCUGGCGGGGUUUUCCUCGGCAUUGCUGAGAGGUCCCAGUAGCUGGAGUUUUCCCUCAACCCUUGAGCAGCCAUGUCCCACCCCAGUGCACCCCCUCCGUAUGAGGACCGCAACCCCCUCUACCUGGGCCCCCCACCCGCUGGGGGCUAUGGGCAGCCGUCUGUCCCCCCGGGCGGGUACCCCGCCUAUCCCACUUACCCGCAACCUGGCUAUGGGCACCCUGCUGGCUACCCACAGCCCAUGCCCCCCAUCCACCCGAUGCCCAUGAACUACGGCCCAGGCGAGGGCUAUGGUGGGGAGGAGAGAGCCGUGAGUGACAACUUUGGGCCUGGAGAGUGGGACGACAGGAAAGUCCGACAUGCCUUCAUCCGAAAGGUUUACACCAUCGUCUCCAUCCAGCUGCUCAUCACGGUGGCCAUCAUCGCCAUCUUCACCUUCGUGGAACCGGUCAGCGAGUUCGUGAAGAAAAAUGCGGCCAUCUACUACACAUCCUAUGGUGUCUUCCUGGUCACCUACCUGACCCUUGCCUGCUGCGAGGGACCCAGACGCCGCUUCCCAUGGAACAUCAUCCUGCUGGCCCUCUUCACUCUUGCCAUGGGCUUCAUGACAGGCACUAUUUCCAGUUGGCAUGGGACCAAAGCCGUCAUCAUUGCCGCGAUCAUCACUGCCAUCGUGUCCAUUUCAGUCACCAUCUUCUGCUUCCAAACCAAGGUGGACUUCACCUCGUGUGCAGGCCUCUUCUGUGUCCUGGGAAUCGUGCUGAUGGUGACUGGGAUUGUCACUGCUAUUGUGCUGUCCUUCAAAUAUGUUUACUGGCUCCACAUGCUCUAUGCCGCUCUGGGGGCCAUUGCUUUCACCUUGUUCCUGGCUUACGACACGCAGCUGGUCCUCGGGAACCGGAAGCACACCAUCAGCCCGGAGGACUACAUCACUGGCGCCCUGCAGAUCUACACUGACAUUAUCUACAUCUUCAUUUUUGUGCUGCAGCUUUUGGGCAAUCGCGAUUAAGGAGCACCCCCACUCUGUCCCUGUGCCUGGGGUCUGGGUCUCAGACCCUUUUUCUGCCCCCCAAGUAAUAUGGCCAGCUUCCUUUCUGUCCUGGGGAUGUGUAGAUACUUGGGGGGGUGGGAGGGCAGCUGGAGAUGCUGGGGACUAACGCUUGCCCUUGGUGGGCUCGGCAGGGACUAGGCUGCUGUCUUUUCUCCUCCACCCACCAUAUGGCACCAAAUUCUUAACAGCUUGGAUUGGGGGUGUGUGUGUAUGUGUGUGGGAAAAGAGCCUAUUCUAGCUAAAAGGGAAUAAGAAAGAUAGAAGUGACUCAAGGUGAUGAGGUGUAACCCCCCCCUCCCACCCCCAACACAGGCUUCUAAGCAAGGUAGCGAUCACUUUCUCCUCCCUCAGCCCCCAACCAAGCCAGAAAACUUGUUCCCAGCCUCCUGGACUUCUAGGCCAUCACUGUGCGCUGCUUUUGUGAUCCUUGGCACCUUCCAACUCAGGAACAUAGAAGAGAUCUGUGCCCCUGGGUCUCCCUGCUUCAACCCCUUCCUGUUUCAGUGAUGUGUAUAUAUUGUUUCCCUGGGUUUGGGGUGUGGUGGGAAGAGGAGAGUGAGCAAAGUUAAGGGCAGGGUCCAAUAGAGAGCAGCAGCCACCCUGGACUCCUGCUUGGCCCACAGGGGUGGUGGAGCAAGCAAGCCUGUUUUCAGCCUUCUGAUCCUCAGUCUCCAAAGUUGCUUGGGGCCUCCCUGGGUGUAUCUGAGAUGUCUUGUUUGGGGGCAUCUCUCAGCCCCUAUGCUUAGGCCGCUCAGAGCAGCAAGUCAGGGGCAAGGGUUGAGAGAUGGGGGGGCUGGUAGGAUUUUAAGUAUGACCAGGAAGUAACCAGGGUGAAAAGACACGGGUGGUGGCAGGGAAAGUGCCUUGGGGUCCCCUACCCUGUCUAAGUGAUAACUAGGCCCACCAGGGAGCCCACAAAGACUUCUAUCUUCUUUUUUCUACUAAUCCGGGGAGGACCCUGAGAGGAAUAACAUUUCCUCUCUCAGUUUGUUCUUAUUCAUGUUGGGGGGCUUUUAGACCUGAGCCCCAUCUCCCCUGCAAGCCACGGCUAUCUUUGUAACACCAAGUGCCUCAAGCGAGAGGGGCGAAGGGGACAAGGGUCUCUCUGUUGGGUAGGGGUGGAAAUCACAUCAGCCCAAGGGUAUAAUUAGGACUUCUCGCUUAGCUACUUGGUCCUAAAUAUAUCACACAAAGGGACACUACCAGAAAUGUAAUAAAGUUUUACGUUUAGUUCAAA